AUGAUAAAUAUCCCACUCAUCCACGUAUACCCUCUCAUUUCCGUCUUCUCCGCUCCUAUAGUGACCGCUGAUCAAUCUACCGAGGGCUCUGGUGGGAACUGCACGGAGGAAGGCUUGGAGAGCGAUGUCAUUAUCGUGCACGAGGUCAACGCACACACCAUACAGAUGAAAUUUAGUGCCAGCAUACGCAAUGCUGGCAACCAACCAUUAGAAAAGAAGGCUGUCCAUUUCCCCUUUGAUGUGAAUGUGGACACAGCCGAGGAGGUGGCCAAUGAAAUGGUACAGUCGAGUAUCCUGAAGAAGAAAGACUACAACCGUGUCGUGAAAGGUAUCAAUAUCUUAGUCAACGAGUGGAAGUCUCAGAAAGCCGCCGACCGCGAGGUGGAGCUGGCGCUGCUGCAACACCAGGCCGAAGCACACGCACACAACAGCACCACACACUCGCAAGCACAGACACGCACCCCGAAUACAAGGCAGCAUGCAUCCUCGAACGAGGAGCUUCUAAUGCCGGAUGCAUCCCAGCUACGCAAUAACUUGUUUCUGGACGCACAUUUGCGAGGGACGCGGGUAGGCAUCACCCCUAACACAACGCCGGACGGUGGGGGGGAUUAUCAGGGCAGUGUGGGUACACCCACACCCAUACCCACACCAACACCCACCGCUGCUCAGGUACAGGCCUUGAACAGUGUUAAGGAUGCGGAUACGGCCAGCGUAUCUUCCACUCACAGCUCGCCGAGAGGAUCGGUGGUGAGUGCGGCGUCUACGCUGCAGAGGACUGGCCAGCAACUGCAGCACCACACAACGCUGGCAGCUAGUGACCCACUCCCACAACAAAUAGGACAGCCCAAUCAGGCUGGUCAACCGGGCUAUCCACAACAGCAGCCACAGGGCUUGGCGCACGCACAGUUGCAAGCCCAGGCACAAGCACAAACACAAGCACAGGCACAAACGCAAGCACAGGCACAAGAUCAUAAUGUAGUGCAAGGACAGGGGCGUGCGAGGGGGUCCGUGCCCACUAAUAUACAGGGCCAAAAUGCACCUCAAAUGACACAAGGAGGGCCGAAUUUGCCCCAAGGACAAGCUCAUCAGCGCGCAAACUACAGCCAACCGGAACUGUCACAAAUUAAGAAUAAUUUACGAACUGCAGCACCACAGCAACACCAAAAUCAGCCAAAUGCCACAGAUGGCGUGGUUGCUAUGGAUACUGGUGGAUCAGUGGGUGGUCCCGGACAGCCCAAGGUCGGGCAGUCGCAGUCUCAGCCGAGUCUGGCGUUGCAGACAAAGAAGCACCAACAACCACAACCACAACCGCAACCACAACAACAGCAGCCAGGGAGGUUCCCCGCCAAACCGACACUCAGCCGACUCCCGUCCGUCACAGAGGUCGGGGUAUUACCCAGCUGGCAAGAACGGGUGGAAGUGGCCGUGGAGUGUUUAUUCGACGGCGUACCCUUGAAUACGUGUCAGGGCUUCGCAGAACUGGUGAAUCGGCAAAAGGCGGGGAUGCUGGAUCUGCUGCAGAAACAUCGGGAGGAGCGGCGAUCGUUCGUGAAUGCACAACGUCAGAGCCAAAAUCAGGGUCAGAAUGCGACACCGAAUUUGGGCUCACUGGGUGCACCUGCAGCCAAGCAAACGGGGCCGAGGUGGUCCAAUAAUAUCACACCACAACCGUCGCCAAAGGACAGUCCGAAACAAGCGAAUUCGCCGAAGGUAUUGCCGACUGCACUGAAUCUGGGCAAAACGGCGAUUUCCCAUCAGAAUAAUGCAAGCGGUGAUGAUCUUUCGGCUUCCAAAACUGACAACGCCGUUACCAAGACCUCCUCGCCAGCUCCGUCGAACAUCGCAGCGUUUAUGUCUGAGAAGAUGUUGCAGUCGAUUGUGUCGCUGCAAGACGAAGGGACCAUGUCCAAGUCUAAUAAGAAGCAGAUGAAACCCGCUUCGGCGAAGAAGCAGACCCUGAACGAGUUGUCUCAGUCUCAGAGACAAAGCAAGGCUACAGGACAAACGGGUGGCAACUCACAACGCCCAAUAGCCACGCCAGCGUCUGCCGUGACUCAGUUGAAUGUCAACGGAACUCAGGCGAUGAAACCAGCGGCUACAAAAUCUCUGUCAGGUAUCGGUGCUCAGCAGCAACAGCAGCAGCAACAACAACAAUUACAACAAAGUGGGAUGGGUGGUAAUAAGCACCUGUCCCAGGGAUCCAAUCAGAAUCAAGCAAAUGUGAACGCGAAUGGACAGCAGGUGCAGCAACCGCCCAAGAUAGGACUAACUCCGGGCCAAACAACGCCACCCCAGCAACAACAGCAGCAGCAACAACAACAAGCACAACAACAACAACAGCAACAGAUCAUGCAACAGAAUAUGCACCAGCAGCUGCAGCUGCAGCAACAACAACAACAGAACAUCCAGCAACAGCAGCAACAGUUACAACCGCCGAAUAUGAACCUGGGCGGCAAACCUUUGCUGGGACACCAUGCUUCUGCUCAGAGAUUAGCCUCGGCACCCGUGAAUGGCUUGGGUGCGUUCACACACACCUUGCGAAAGCAGAGUUUAUCUGGAAAUCAGUUGCCCGUCAUGGCCUCGCCCCAGGAAAUAAGGACCGGUCCGAAUGUGCAGGGGCAGAGGCAUGGGUGAGAUCGACACGCAGAUCAAUACAUAACUUAGAAAGUUGCCGAUAUCAUGUCCUAUUUGUAAAUUGUGGAAUCAUAGAUCGAGGCUGAGCUAUCCACAGCGCGAUUUCGAGGGCGAUUGAAUGGAUUUGGGAUUCGCAGGGUGUGAUUUAGGCAGGAGAAUUUUAGUAAUAGGAUAUAAACAAGCACAGUUGAGUCUUUGUAUGUAGUGCCAUGGAAGGAAAUUUAGUAAAUUCGGUUUAAAUAAAUCAGUAUAGUGUAUUCAACCG